CCAAAGAAAAUUUUAAAAAAUCAAUUACCCCUCCAUCCGACACCACCAACGAUCCAGACUUCCAGACUCCUAGACCCAAACCCAAGCCCGAGGGGAAAAAAAAACUUCAGUACCUGAAGCUACCCGUCCGUUCCAAACCUGCCUUCCACCCGGCGCUACUCACCCAACACCCGAAUCCAGAUCUGAACCUAAUCUCGCAUCAACUUCUAGUUCCCGUUUCAUGUCUUUCUAGUGAAUCUCCCCAUCCAGAUGAUGUUCACAACUCGUCACACAACUCCCAAAACAGAGCAGAGGGGCAAAAACAGAAAUAGGGGAAACGAAGCAGAAGCCACGUUAGCGAACACGUCCACCCCUCCCCCCCAAAAAAAUUCCGGAAGCGAGACGUUUGACGGCCGUUUGGGCCUGAACCAGGUUGAACCUCGCCCUGGUCCCUUAUCACCACCGGUAUUUUCCCAAUAUUGGUUUCCUCUUUCCUUUCUUUCCCUUUCCUUCAUCUCCUUUAUUCUUUCCCCUCGAAAAAGAAUCGAUAUUGCACCCUCAAGGCAAAAACCGAGGACUUCGUCUCCGCGACCAACCGACCCAACGCCUCGGUACAAUUCAAAAACGAAAAGAAGGGAAGAAAAAAAAAAAAUCAAUGAUCGGCGAACUCUUCUUCAAUUGCAACGCUGCCAGGGAGCGGUGGAGAAGAAAGAAAAAAGGUCAAAGCGGCGGCGAGGAAGCCUGCAUGGAAGGGUUGCCCCUGUCUGUCUGUCCUACUGUCCUAUCUCGGUCAUAUUAUGAAAUGUGAAAUAAUUUAUGUGUUUGGGAUAGAGUGAAAGAUUGCGCCAUGAUUUUGGUCUGAUAAUGAAAGGGGCGAUACAGUACGUUUCGUUUGAAGAGAGGAUGGGACGGGAUGGGAUGCACGGCUGGGGAUGGGAUGAUGAGGUGGAUAUUUGUUGGGUUGGGGAUAUAUUAUAUUAUAUGUUUAUUCCUUUAGUG